GAUUGAGCAACGCCAAAUUCCUCGAAAACGAAACGCUUUCGUGUUCAGAACGCACCAAACUGGUCGUCGUCUGGAGGUUCCACGGCGGCGCGGCUCGCUGCUCUGGAGGAUGCGGGUGGCGAUGGAGCCGGAGGACAGCGGCCCGAUGCUGGAGGACCUGCUCGACCAUGACAGCGUCAAGGUGGAGACCGUGCCCGAGAAGAAGGGCAUCCUCUUCCUCAAGCACGUCGAGUACAAGCUCGUCAGCCCGCACUUCAUGCUGCCGGUGGCGCGGCGGUUCAGUGACUUCGACGUGUUCCACACACUGCUGCUGCAGAGGUUCAUCUACCGGAUGGUUCCGCCCCUGCCCCCGAAACGCGUCCUCAAACGAGUCUUGCGCCACAAGUCUGAGCGUGAUUUUAUCGAGACCCGUCGCCGUGGGUUACAGAGGUUCAUGACCUUGGUGAUGCGGCACCCCAUAAUCUCCGGGGACGAACUGGUGAAGGUUUUCAUGACCGCCAACAGUGAAGAUGUCCAAGUGAAGAUGCGAGAGACCAUCAAGAGGAUAGGGGACGAGUACAUCACCUGCCCCAUGUCCGCCAUCGUCAAGCGGUUCAUGCCGGACGACAUCCAGACCCAGACGGAGGUGAACCGCGAGUUCAUCUGCAACAUGCUGAGCAGCUUCCACAAGCUGCGCGACGUCACCGAGCGGAUGUCCCAGCGCUCGCAGGAGAACUCCACCGACCUGCUUGCCUUCGGCAAGGACCUGCGUGCUCUGGGCUCAGAAAAGGCCCAGCCUCCGCAGGUUGCCACGGCAGCACCGUCCUGGCGGAGCCACCGGCAGUCCAUCCACGGGCUCUCGGAGGACUUCAGGAUACUGGCCGAUAAAGCCAAGCUCCAGGGAGCCAAGGAGGAGAACGAGGUGGUGGAGAGGCUGAGCUUGUUCCUGGACUUGCUGCAGUCUUACAAAGACCUGUGUGACCGUCAUGCGAGCGGGAUUUUCAUGGAGCAUCAGCGAGCACUGCAGAGGAGACCGGAGCCACUCACAGAACUGCUGGAGCAGCCAGAGUCACGCCUCGCCCAGCAAGAGAAUGCCAUAGUGACGAUGGAGCUGCGGAGCUACUUCUCCCUGUUCUGCCUGCACCAGGAGACCCAGCUGGUGUUCACCCACCUGCCCCUCACCACCAACAUCCUGGGGGCCUUCAUCCAGUCCCAGAUCCAGGGCCACAAAGACAUGGGGGACUUCUGGAGUGACCUCCUGCCCAAGCUCAACACCAUCUUCGAGGGCAACUCUGGAAUUUCAUCUCCCCCUCGUUCACCAUGCCGGAGGAUCAUUUUCCCAUAAUCUCCCUCAGCGUCACAGCAACCGGAUUUUAACCGGAUUCAUUUCACAAAUAUUCUCCUCCCUCUGAAUCCUCAUUGUAAAUGAUCAUUGUAAAUCAUCAUGUCUAAAUAUUUUCAAUAGACUUGUUAGUAACUAGAAGCUAAAGAUGACAGAUCCAGUCAUUAUAUAAAUAGUACACUAGUGUCAAAACUAUGUUUUAUCUAUGUUUUAUCUUUAUGUUAGCUUUCAUUGACCUGUAUCUGGCAUCCAGAGAGUUCCUGAUGUACAGUAUAUAUCAAAUAUAUAUAUAUCUCAAGACUGAAAAAAACAAACUGCCAUGAAAGCUGUGUAUAAUGGUUUCCUGAAAUCACAGCCUUCUAGAAAUGUAUCCUGUUGCUAAUCAUUUACUGUAGCUCCUGUCAACUGAAACUGAAACCAUGGUUUACACCAUCUUUCCAUUGCGAUGUUAGUAGUUAUAGCGAUGCAAUACUUGUGAAUGAAUGCGUCUUUAUGUGCAUGUAGGUUUUGUACUGUGUGCAGUGUCAUCGUUCUGCUAUAUCUAUAUCUUUUGGUACAGGUUUUGUACAGCUGGUGGUCAGUCUGUCUCUCCCUUCAUGUAGAACUGUUUACUACUGUGCCACUGGUUUUCAAUAUUCCAUAAAUAAACAGAUACA